CAAGCAUGGGGCAUUUUCUCAACGCAACAAUUGCACCUCGAAUCCCCCCGUUGCUUUUGUUUCAAUAACCCCAAAUCCGCAGCUCCCAUUGUGUAUCUCAUUUUUGGUUCAUCCCAACUUAUUGUGCUAUCAGAUAUGGCCUUAUUGUGUUCCGUCAUUAUCUCCACAUUGUCGGCUGCGUGACCCAGGACGUUCUUCGCGUCGGCCAGGUGAACUGACCUUCUCAUUUCCUGCUACCAUCCCUCCUUCAGCAGAAUGAAUUCCGACACGAGACGUAUCCCGAGCCAGUUCGACACUUCUCAUGGUUCUGAUUUCUACGAUUACUACGUGGCGGAGCAACCGAAAUCCCGGUUCAUCAGCCUGACCGCUUUCGUCACCAUAUUUUCACUCGCCGCUACCGUCUUGUGUUCUGCGGCGGUCCAGCAGGGCUGGCUUAUUUCGCUUUCUCAUCUACUCUGGGAGGCUCUGGUGUUCAUCAUCCCGGCCCGCCUCCUUUUCGCCGUCGACCGCUCCAUCAAUCCAUCACUUAUCCCACUCCACAUGUACCGGUCGCAGCAGCGCACCCGCGCCGCCAAGAGCGAUGCGCUCCAGAGAAUCCUCGGGCUCAAUAGCUCUGGGGGGAUACGCAACUCCGUCUCUCAGGUCGGACGCAAAGGUUCCAAUAGGCUGUUCAGCUCUGCUUUAGACUCGAGGGCUGCGGGAGACCGGCCGCCUGGGUUGGGCAACUACGACAACUCUUGCUUCCAAAACAGCAUCCUCCAGGGCUUGGCAUCGCUCAAGCCGCUCCUGGAGUAUCUAUCUGCGAUCUCACUCGAAAGAAGAUUGGACCUGUCCCCGACCCGGACCGUGGACACGCUUCGCGAAUUGAUAGCCGAGCUCAGCAGCCCUUCCAGCAACGGCAGGACUCUCUGGACACCUGGAGUGCUGAAGAAUAUGAGCACGUGGCAGCAACAAGAUGCGCAUGAAUAUUACUCGAAGCUCCUUGACCAGAUCGACAACGAGAUUGCAAAGGCUACCCGCGCACUUCACGACUCCCCAGGACUGGAACCGGACGUCGGCGGCCGCGGCUCUCCGAGCAGCCACCACAGCAACGACAGCGGGUACCAUAGCUUAGCGGGACACUCCAAAGGCGGGGUUGAGCCCCGUCUCAUCCGAAAUCCUCUUGAAGGGUUCAUGGCGCAGCGUGUGGCCUGCGUGAAUUGCGGCUAUUGCGAAGGGCUGAGUAUGAUUCCCUUCAACUGCUUGACAUUAACACUCGGCAACCUACCAGAACAUGAUCUGUAUGAGAGGUUGAAUCAUUACACCAAAGUCGAGGCAAUCCAAGGAGUUGAGUGCCCCAAAUGCACCCUACUGGUAUGCCGAGACGCGGUCAAGACCCUUGCCGAACGCACCGGAGACAUUCCCGAGAUACGCCAGAGAUUGCAGGUUUUGGAAGAAGCAUUGCAGGAAGAAGCGUUUGACGACGAGACCUUGCGAGACAAGUGCAAGGUCACGGCAAAGGCGAGGAUCACCUCGACGAAGACGAAACAAGUGGCUCUAGCUCGGCCCCCGCAAAGCUUGGUGUUCCACGUGAACCGGUCGGGUUUUGACGAAGCAACGGGCUACAUGUUCAAGAACUCGGCCGCCGUCCGCUUUCCUAUGAUGCUGGACCUAGGGCCCUGGUGCCUUGGCAGUUCCGGCGGAGUGGCGGGUGUGCGGGAGGACAAGACUGCUGCGCAGGACGUAGAGCGGUGGACGCUGGAUCCCAGGGCAUCCAUGGUAGCGGGAGAUGGACGGCCGUCUAGGAUAACUGGGCCGAUCUACGAACUGCGCGCCGUGGUUACGCACUAUGGGCACCACGAGAAUGGUCACUACGUCUGCUACAGGAGACAUCCUGUUUCUUCAGCUUCGAACGCGAGCAGGGUCGAAGGAGCGGAACGCGAGAGCCCGGUCAACACUACGCCUGAGGAGGACGCAGUUGGUGAUGCGAUGGGAUCGGACCAUGAACCGCAAUCGGCGCCCAACACGAAUGGUUCGUUACUGAACCAAGGCGAUCGGCUUUCUCAGUGGUGGCGUCUUAGCGACGACGAUGUGACCGAAGUGGACGAGAAGACAGUCCUCUCCCAGGGCGGUGUAUUCAUGCUCUUCUACGACUGCGUAGAUCCGAAUUCGGUGCUUGUUUCGGAGCCAGAGAAGCCCGUCAGAGCCGAGAGCGCUUGCCAGGGUAUCAUGAACCUGGACGAGAGUCCCACACAUCUUCCGGCUGCUCAAGGCCUAGGGAUGGUGCAGGACAGGGACUGGGACUCGACUACCGAUUCAGGUGAAACACUGCAGCUUGACGAAGUGCUUCCAUUUUCGGGUACGCCAACAGUCCCCGGUACUUCCCCAAUAAUCGCGAUGGCGGAUGAGAGGUUCUCAGACAUUACCGGAAUAGCCAGCGAACGGCAACUUUCGUCGCUGGACAGCGAGGCAACCCCGGAGAGGUCCACCACCGCUAUCUGGAACCACAACUCGGAGCAAGAUCAGGAGACAAUCUCGAUGUGUUCGGAUACCACGGUCGUGGGUGACGAUGAGUUCCCAUUACCGCGGUACUACCAAAUGUGCGCGACGUGACGUACCAGCGGGGGGCGUGUGUGUUUUGCAGUACAUAGCGACCGGCGUUUGUGGAUCGGGUAGUCGUCAUCCGAUGGGUUCCAAUUUUCCCUUUCGGACUCUGUCGGGGACUGGGGCAACGGGCAACGGAUGUAUUUUGGUGUUGGGGCCGGUUUUAUAUGGGGAUGUCUUUGGACCAGUGUUUCUGUGUGUUAGAUAUCAGCGGGAAUAGUUACCUAGGCUACGCAAAAUGUUCUAAACCCACUCGCUGGUGCGUUCUCCC